AAUCUAUUGAUCUACUACCAACCCUAGUCUCUUGUUUUCUUUCACCCUAGGCUAGACUGCAAGCACAAGUCGUCCUGCUCCGCCUAAAUGCCUAAGGUAUGUACCUACCGCAGGCAGAGCCUAGAGGACGCUUGAACUCUUCCCUCCCUGUUUGAAGUUAUUAAUGGCAAAUGCGGUAAGCGGUCUAGCCAGUCAUCUCUAUCCACCUGCAAGCCCCAAAGGUUGUCAGUUGGUGACUCGCUCAUCCUGACACUUCAGACAGUACUGUUCUCCGUACAUAUCAUCCAAGCACUGAAUCAAGUUCGAUUUAACACAUACAUAUGUAACACGGAUGCUUUCCUCCACUCAGGGGCUGUGGAAACAACGACACUUUCCAACCUUGGUAAACAUUGGGAUGCCAGACCGUGCUCCAGAAUCCAGUCUGCCUGCAGUACCACUUCAUGGCUUCCUGUACUACGGAGUACGCCCGCGGCAAUGCCAACACCAGCAUGAUUUGAAUUCUGGCGGCUUUUUAGGCAAGCGGUUUGGUUUCUCUUCCCUAGACCAGUGGAUCUGCCUGCCACGUCGUCUACAAAAUGUACAAGUGAUUCAUCUCAAAACACGAAACACGAGCAACCUUACCUAUCGAUACGUGCUAGGUACGGAAGGUCUGAUCUGAUAUAUCAAGUGUCCAUCUCAGGGAUCAAGAAGACUCAAGAUCACAGGGCCUAGAAGGAAACAAUCAAAUGUCUUCCUAAAUUUAUCUGAGUUGGCCAAAAAGACGGCCUGACAACAGACAGAGGAGAGUGAACAGCAGCCUCUUACGAUGAUCCAAUCUGGAGCAAACCUACCAACGCCCCUCGUUCAUAAUAAAGGUAAUUAUAUUAUGUUCCUAGUCCAAUGAAAGAUGCAACAAUGGAUACACACUGACGGUCUCGGCUUUUACUCCUUCUCUGUCACCUCCAUUGUCUCAUCAAGCUCACACCGCAGUCAGCCAGAGCUUUGCUGGCGCUUGGUAGCUAGGGAUUUUUUGUUUACGAGAUUAUCCCCCCACCCUCAGAGUUCCAUUGCGCUGACCAUAACCACCAAAUUGAGAGUCUGUGGGGCACAGCAUACUGACGCCCCUCUCUCCUUUAGCCCUCGCCUGUUCGCCUUCUGAAGCUUGCAUCCCUCCCUUGAAAGAUCUGGGCAUACCUGUAAGUUGACUAGCCCCCUCUGGAAGGAUCCAAUUGUGCAGUAGAGGGAUCAGCAGCCUGGCGCCAUCAGUUGGUGAGCCUGGCCUUGUUGUUUCUGAAUUGCCCUGAUUGGCCACUGAUUCAGUCUUCAAACGAGGGCUGGAACUGUGCGCUACCCCGAAAGUGUCCUGAUCCAAGAUGAAAGCGUGCCGCCUCGAUGGAUCUUUCAACAUCCUUUUUUUAUUUUAUUUUUAUUUAUUUAUUUAUUUAUUAUUAUUAUUUUUAAACCUCAGGUAACCCUGGCUUGCCUGGCUUAAUGUCCCGGUGAAUCUACCGUACAUACGAGACUCGGGUGUAUGGUCAGAACAGCCAACGAGUCUAUCACCGGUGCCUCUGAAUGUGCUCUUUAGGUAGUAUACGAGUCGAUCCGUCUUGCGUGUAAAUUACAACUAUUCUCCAUAGCAGGAGAGCGUGUCGGCAUCUUGGCAAACAAUUGCGGUCAGAUAUAUCCAUACUUUAGACAAAAGAUACCGAAAUUGGUCAACAGAUCCGGAUGCUGUGACCUUCAAAAGAUACUGUUGCCGGCAUUUGCUAGAGGCUAUAGCACUCAUCGAACUUCUCCUUACGUACAUACUUUUUGCAUAGACUAUCCCAUCUCAGCACAGCGCAGUAUCACUGGCCUUGGACGGUCUAGCCCCUGGCAAAGCACCACACCACACCAUUCUUCUCAAAACCAUGCCAGCAUGCCUCAUCGGCGGAGGUAUCCUGGCCGCCUAGGAUCACAUUUGCUAUCGCGGCUGACGAGGACAAUUUCAACAUAUGCGUCAUCCAAAUGCCCUUCACGUAACAAACGAAUGGCGGUCGACCGCUACACCAUAGCCCUAGAUUAGCGACCCUUUCUUACAGACUAGAAACGGGGUUGCAACUGGAAGUUCCGAAGGCAACUUGUCAGCAUUACACAAGUGAUUCAAUAUCUUAAACACAAUGAAUGCUAGGUCAUGAUUGCUUUCAUGUCAUCCGCGGUUCAAUCUUUAUUGUAUGUAUUGGGGUGCACUCACCACACAUUCAUCCAGUCAUUGUGAAGAAUAACUGGAAUCAUACUCACCCUCGAGAUCUGCUUGUGACCGUCCAGUCAAUCAUCAUAUGCUUCUCAGAUGGAUAGGGCCCAAACCAAUCUGCCCUGUUCGGCCUCAAAUCAAAGAUCCUGCAUCUAACCCAUAAUGUACUUGUACUACGAGAGAGGCUGAUAUUUUUCUUUUCUUUUUUUGUUUGACUUUCUCUCUUGCUACCAUUGUACUAGACACACAUCCCUAUAGCCGAAUUCACCCCUCUCAGCAAAUCUGCACCAGUGGAUUCCCUUUCAUAGCCGAGUCGCUAAUUCGGUAGCCCGAACGCUAACUGUUCCUGCGAUCAACAAUGGAUUCAAUGUCAGACAUGAAGACUCACUGGCAACUUGUCCCCUCGACAGAAUGCAUCUACAUACAGUAACGUAUUCGGGUCAGAUGUCGUUCGAUCCGAAGAUCUUUAUUGCAACAAGAAUACUUUGAGUCUUCUUCAGCACUACAUAGCUGCAGAAAACGCGCAAGCUUCUUUCACUUGCCCAACUCUUCAUACAGUGGGCUAUGGUCACGGGAGGCAAGCUCCAAAACAAGCCAUCGAAUAUACAUAUCGAGUAACGAUUGGCUUGCAUCACCAAAACUCUCAGGUUUGAUCGAAGUUACCUGUGGCUUUCGAAUUCACGCGAUCUCGUUUACAGGACGUGCUGUCAUUGAGAGCUGGCAACCCACGCCCGCCACACUAUGCCAACUCAAAACGGAGUGUGGAUGCUUAAAAAAAAAAAAGCAAGAAAAAAGAAGAAAAAGCAAGGGUGUGCAAGUGGAGGAUUCAAGCCCGUUCAUCAGGGAUUCCUUAGCAUGACACCUGGGUAUCGCCAAGGAAGCGAAAAAGAAUAAUUCGCCAGAGCUACGGUCCAGUUGCCGAAGAUCAACAUGCUUGGCCUGACCUUAUAAUCCCUGCUUGCUCUGCAUGUAUGUGUGUACAUAUGUACAGAGUAACAUUCAACUGGAUGUUUGCAUGCUUACAGUACCGGCACAGUACAGUCCUCGCUCGUGGACUGAAGACCUACUGUAUUUCGGAAACGAUAAUCCAGCACGUGAGCAUGUGCUCAUAAGACCGCGCAAUCCAUCAGAGUGUUCCACGCUUCAACAUACCUCAACAUGUUGGACAGGACUGGCAUCAAUCGCCGUCAACAGUCAUGGAAGAAGGAUGGUUCCAAUAUUAAGAUCAGACCCUUACACUGGGAUGCGCCGCCCUUACGCUAGACUAUAAACAUGCCCUUGGGCCACUUUUAAAACCGCUGCCAUGGGUCUACCACAAACAACUUGAAUGGUGGAGAACGGAGAGUCUGAAGCUAGAAACGACCAGCCCCUGCACAAAAGUCUGACCUGUUUGGUAUCAUCUGUAAUUAUGUACGUAUCCGUACUGGUACAGUUUGGUGCCGGGGGUAAAUACUACGCUUCCAAAUCCAAUCCCGUGUGCGUUGAGCCAAUGAAGGGCCCGGGCUUGAUUGACUCAAGAGGAUUAAAUAAGAGCCCUUGCAUUCAAUGAGAAACCUGCAACAUACCGCUGUGCCUUGGCCUCCUGGACACCCAUGGUUCAACUUUCCCAUUCAUCCAUGCAUGCCAUGUAAGUCAGCUGCCAGAAGGAUUCGCUUGAGAGUGAGCCAUUGGCAGCCCGCCUCGGUCGCCUUGACUGAGCAACAUCUCACACAGCAUUAGUCCCCGGCGGCGGCAUGCAUGCGAGUUUGUGAUCAUGCAGGUGUCUUUGUUAAGAGGGGGUGCAGAAUGAUUGAUAACCUUGAUUGCCUGUCUAUGACUCGUUACUCUAAUGUUGUAUCGUUGCUGUAUAGCGUUUGUAACGAAUUGUUUGGAACGCUGCGAUGCCUAUCUGCGAUCCUAAGUGAACCUUUGAUGCAGGCCGUGAUGAGGAAGCAAGCAAUAUACGUACGACAACCGCCAUCCAGUCACUUACAACAGUCCAAAUGCAAAUAUAGUGGAGCUCUGCGGAGGUCGACCCGUCGAGCGGAAGGGAUAUGGCUCGCGGUACGCCGUAAGAUGCGGCAAUCACUCUCGAGUUGGCUGGACCUGGUCUUGGGUCUUGUGGGUAGCUUGGCGGCGCAACUUUGGAUAGCCAUGGUACCGAGAAUGCAUCUGAACAAGCCCCUUAUGUACUUAUUUCGGUGUAUUUUACUACUAGAAUUUGGGUGCCUUCAUUGGAUACUCAAAGAGACUAGUAUCAGGCAGCCUUCAUCAGUUUCCUUCAAUCCUGAUUACCAGACCGGUUUCAAUACUAUGUAUCGAC